AUGGCGUCUCAAGUGCAUUUUCUAGAUAUAAAGGGUAAGUCUCUCUUAUCCCGAGACUACAAGGGAGACAUCCCAGCAAACGCUAUAGAUCAAUUUCCACUUUUACUCCUUGAUUUGGAUAAUGAAGAUGAAUCCAAUUAUCGGCCUUUUGUCAACAGCAACGGCAUCAACUACGUCUAUAUAAACCACAACAAUUUGUACGUUUGUGCUCUUACGAGAAAGAAUGAAAAUGUCAUGGCAUUGGUGGUGUUCCUCCUGAAACUCAUAGAGGUUUUGACUCUGUAUUUCAAGAGUUUGGAGGAGGAAUCAAUCAGGGAUAAUUUUGUCAUUAUUUACGAAUUGCUCGAUGAAGUUAUGGACUAUGGAAUUCCUCAAACCACUGACACAAAAAUACUCAAGGAGUACAUUACCCAGGACUAUUACAGAUUGAUCAGAAAUACGCCUCUGCGGGUUGUUCAGCCACCCAAUGCUGUCACCAACGCGGUGUCGUGGAGAAAAGAAGGCAUAUUUUACAAGAAAAACGAGGCGUUUUUGGAUGUGGUGGAAUCCAUCAAUAUGUUAAUAAAUGCCCAAGGACAGGUGUUGAAUAGUGAGAUCUUGGGUGAAAUCAAGAUUAAAUCGCACCUUAGUGGCAUGCCCGAUUUGCGAUUGGGAUUAAAUGAUAAGGGAAUUUUUUCGGCCGAUUCUUCGAGUGAAUCGACAAACAGUAAAGGCAUUGAAAUGGAAGAUAUCAAGUUCCAUCAGUGUGUUCGGUUGUCCAAGUUUGAAAACGAACGUAUAAUCACGUUCAUUCCUCCCGAUGGGGAAUUCACCCUCAUGUCUUACAGAUUGUCUCUGGCGCAAUUUUUGAUGAAGCCUCUCAUUUUGAUAACUUGCAAGACCAAAGUGCAUAAACACUCGAGAAUAGAAAUAAUGUGUUCUGCUCGGGCGCAGAUCAAGAAAAAAUCCACCGCUAAUAACGUGGAAAUCGUCAUUCCAAUUCCUGAAGAUGCUGAUACCCCAAAAUUUGUUCCUGAAUACGGAACUGUCAAAUGGUACCCUGAAAAAUCAUGCAUAAUAUGGAAGUUGCGAACUUUCCCAGGAGGCAAACAGUUCCAUAUGAGAGCAGAAUUGGGAUUGCCAGCGGUGGUUGAUCCUGAAGAAUUGGCUACUAUGAGACGCCCAAUCAAGGCCAAAUUCUCUAUACCGUACUUUACCACUAGUGGUAUACAAGUUCGUUAUUUGAGAAUCAACGAGCCAAAAUUACAGUACCAGUCAUACCCUUGGGUGCGCUAUAUAACCCAGUCUGGUGAUGACUACACGGUAAGAACGAGUUAG